ACUUACGAGAGUAGAGUGCUAAGCGUCUGAGCUGAGGAACAGAUUCAGGAUGGAAAGGAUCUGAGCUGAGAAGCUCCAGGAUGGAAACAGAGAGCUUGAUAAAGGCAUUUAGAUAUUGAUAAAGGUAUUUAUGCGGUUGAGAGAAACCAAAGAAACAGAGGGACCAAAGCAGGGGAGAGGAGGUGACCUGCCCGAGAAGGCACUUCUGGGGGGUUUGUCCCAGCUCUGAGGGCACCCCACCAGUCCUGAGGACUCCAAGGUACAAAACAACCCCAAAUUGCUUGUUCUUUUACACAGUGGAGAAUGGGCGAAUCCUAAACCAAUGUCUUCCACUACAGUAGGUGAAUUUUAUGAGGGAAUAGUGAAGAAACUAAGGGAAGCUAGUGCCAAGGGAGCUCAUCAGAAAGAGCCCAAGGAUAUAGGCAGCAGCCUGUCUGCUGCCAGGCAGCCUGAGACUGCACAGCUCUAGUGUGAAGGUUGGAACGUGCAAGCCGGGAAGCGUCCAGCAGGAUAAAAACAGUUAUACGAAGUCUUCCUGCUGCUUUCCUGCACAUAGGCUCGGCAAAACCCACAGCAAAAUGGUUAGCAAGAAGCCCACCUGGAACCACCAAACACGUUGUAUCACACCAGAAAAUUUCAAGUUGAGAUGAAAAUGUAGCACUUAACGUGACAGUGCUGAUGGCAUGAGGAGCACACAAAGCAGUCCUACCUGCAGAGCAGUGAAAAUCUUUAACAAAGCAGCUCUCUCGUUUUCAACCAGUCAGCAAAGCAGCAGGGUUGGGCACAACUUCUACGUUCCAGCAAAAAUUUUGAUGUCAGUGUAGUAACUGAUUAGAAAUUUACCAGGGCCCCAAAGACAUGAACCGUAUCCUCCAAAAGCUGAUUAAAACAAGGAUGAGUUUAUGAAAUUCGGGUAUGGGGGACCGUGUUGGACUACAGCUCCCGGCAUGCUAUGCGGCCGGACUACAGCUCCCGGCAUGCACUGCGGCCGUACCACAGCGCCCAGCGUGUCCCGCGCUUGCAAGAUGGCGGCGCCCAGGGGCGUCUCGGGCCCGGACAGCGACACCGGCUCGGACUCGGACAGCAGCGGUGAAGCGGCCGCGCGGUUCCGGGAGGCUGCCUGGGACUGCACCGCGCUGGCGGCAGCACGGGCGGAGCCGUGCGGCGGUGAGAGGCGGUGCACAGGCUGGGCUCUGCUCCCCCCGCUGCGGCGUGCUCUCCCCUCUCUUCCCCGCCUCGCCGCUCCGGUCCGGCCCCCUCCGCUGCUCCUCGUGACCCUGGGGAUUCCUCUGUGCCGCGGGGGCUUUAGAAAGGAUCGCUUGCAGCCUAAAGAUCAGCCAAGCCUGAGGCGUGAGGCAAUCGGCCGCAAGGAGGGUGACAAUGAGCUCCAGACGACUCCAGAGUUCAGAGCACACGUUGCAAAGAAACUGGGAACCAUGCUAGACAGUUUCAUCACUGUCUUGAAGGACUCAUCGGGGCCAUCGCAGACUUCGUUGGCACAGUCUGACUCUGAAGAUGAUGGUUUUCGCCUCUUCUCUUCCUCUGUCCCUGGAGACUGUGGGAAGCCGGAGCCUUGCCCUGCAGCAAGGAGGAGGAGGCCAGUUAGCUCCAGUGACACAGACAGUGACCAAGAGUGGCAAAGGUGCCGGGAGGCUGCCGUGUCAGCUGCGGAUAUCCUGAAGCAAAGUGCUCUCCCUGCAUUGUCCCAGGGCUCCAGCCAGGAUCAGAGUCAGGGUUAUGUAGAGCCCAACCAGAAAAAGAAGAAGAAGAAGAAGAAAAUGAGGAGAGACAAUAAUAUUCAAGAGAAAAUAGUAGACCCAGCAGAGUGUGACCAGAUCUGCAAAGAUUUGCCUCGGUUGGUGUCUGCAAAUGGCCAGCAGGAGAGACAGAACAGCAAUCACAGAGAGAACUCUGUGCUGCCAGGAGCUGUGAAGAAGAAAAAGAAGAAGAAAAAAGAAUGAUGAUUUUGCUCUGCAAACAGCAGGUGGUUGUGAUGGGUAAAGGAAACUGAAAGAAAACCUAACAACAAGAGUUGCUGCAGAUGAGGGGAAAUUAAUUGGCAAAGCAUCUGUUCUAAAAGCUCAGUGGCCUGAGAGACUAAUUAAGUGACUUCCUGUGCUACUGGCGUCCCCGAGGAAGGGAACAUUGUUCUCCUCACACAGCAGUUGUCUGUGCUGCUGCUUAUGCAGGCCCAAUCUAAAAGGAUUAAAUACUGUGCCAGACUUGCAUGGCAGA